UUUGAGCGCAACAAAAUUUGGUAGAGUGGGUUUGAAACUUUCAAAGAACUUCCGAUGUCGAACACCAAGAGAGGGCGUCCGCGUAAAUCAUUUGAAACCUCAAGCACAAAAUCGAAGCAGCGAAAAGUUCAUGAUAUCAGCGUCGAAGUUCCGUAUCAGGAGUUGAUGUUUGCAGCGGCAACAAGAGCCACAAGUUCCGGACAUAGAGAUGCGGCAAAGAUCAUCAAAAAUAUUUCUGAAUUUCCAGAAACCGCCACUAGCUUGAAGCAAUCUAUGAAGUCUAGUGAUGCCGGAGUGGAGCAGUAUUCACCGACUGAAGCUUUGGCAUUCAUUUGUAAGAACGGAUUUUCCAAGAGUCAAUACAAUGACAUUCGUGCAUCGGAUUUGAAGAAAGGGUGUGAUUUGUAUCCGUCCUACAAUCGGGUUUUGGAGGAAAAGAAGCUGACGUAUCCUGAAGGUAAUUUCUAUUUCAUUAGAUAGGGCCCAUUCAUACACUAUAAAGGCAUCACAAAACAUCUUUUCUAUUAUCUAACAUGAUCGAAAUGAAUCUAUGUUGCUUAUGGACAGAUAAUUAUGGGAAUGCAAAAAUAGUCAUGAGAUAUUCAUAAUUUUCAGGUAUUACGAUAAAACCAUCAGCAGCCGAAGUUCCCCUCCAAUCCCUAGUUGACCACACAAACAAACGCUUAAUAGAAAGCCAUAGAAGUAUUCUUGCUGGUUCGGCUUGUAAUACGUUUGAGAUUAACUAUAAGUGGGGCUGCGAUGGCAGUAGCAAUCACUCUCGCUAUAAGCAAAACUUUGUUGAAACGGAUGAAGACGGUGAAUUACGAGAGUACAAUGAUUCACACAUAUUUUCGAUGGCUCUUGUUCCUCUCCAAUUAAUUGGAAGAAUCUCAGAGCACGAACGAGAUAUUUUUUGGAAAAAUGAUCUACCUUCUUCCGUUUCAUUGUGCAGACCGAUCAAGCUAAUUUUUUUGAAGGAAUCUGCUCAGCUAACGCGAAAUGAAGUUGAGAAAGUGCGAGAUCAAAUAAAAAAUCUGAGGCCAACUGAAAUUCUUCAAGACGGUCGGACAAUUACUGUAUAUUCUUCGUUAAUUCUAAGUAUGAUGGAUACUAAGGUAGUAAACGACCUCACAGAAACAAACUCGCAAUCCUGCUCAUUUUGUGGGAAAAGCGGAAAGAAUCUGAAUGACGCAACCAACGAUCUGAACGAGACCAACGCUGAAAAGUUCUCUCGUGGAUUCUCCCCUCUCCAUUGCUAUAUUCGGACAAUGGAACUGUUUCUUAAGGUGGCAUAUCGACUAAAAAUGGAAAAACCGACAUGGCGCGUAGCGAAGUCUAACGAAGCUGUCCGUCAACGAGAAGCCACCAUUCGAGCCGAAAUAAAACGAAGACUAGGGCUCAGAAUUAGCGAACCGUUACCGAGCGGUGGCAACAGCAAUGAUGGUAAUACCUCACGAACGUUCUUCAAAGAAUGGCGUACAAUCUGCGAAAUUACGGGGUUGAAUGAAGAUCUACUGGAGAGAAUGUACAUCAUUCUAGUUAUUAUGAACUGUAAGAGUGAUAUCAACGUGGAAGUAUUCCAAAACUACUUGGAAACGACUAGGAAACUUUAUAUCAGCCUAUAUGGUUGGUAUCCGCUGUCUCCAACUCUCCACAAAAUUUUGGUCCACGGCGGUGCCAUCGCGAAGCACAGUACUGUUCCUGUUGGAAUGUUGAGCGAGGAAGCACUGGAGACCCGGAACAAGUCUAUCAGAAAGUUCCGAGAAUUCCACUCCAGGAAAUUCAGCAGAACGGCAAACAUCGAAGACGUCUUCCAACGUUUGCUUCUAACAUCCGAUCCAGUGAUUUCCUUGAUGAAUAGGAAAAGCAGCGAUUCUCCUUUAAACUCUCUUCCAGCCAAAGCUCAAGAACUUGUUAUUUUGAAUUGAAUUGAAAAGAUAUGUAGUUUUAAUUUUUAUUUGUUCUAAGCUCAAUAAACCAAAAUAUUAAGUAUAUACAUACUAAUCGAUUGUUUUUAGAAAUCCAACAUAGAGAGAAAAGUAUGGAACCUUUCAUUAGGGUAGCAUUGACAGAAGGUUCUUUGAAACGUUGAUAGUGUUUAUUUUUUAGUUAAAAAUCCAAUUUUUUUAAAAUAUGUUUUUAUGUAUUGAUUCUUCAAAAAAACUUAGUUCUAGACAAUUUUAAAGCAUUCAAUUGCGCACCUUUUUGCCGAAGACAUCAUACCUGUAUUUUGUAUAUUCUUGAAGUUAUGGCCAUUUUUUGAUGAAAAAUGACAUAUUUUCAAAAAUUAAUUAA